AUGGAAAAUGUGCUCUUAGUGUCUGAGUUGGUGAAGAGCUAUCAUAAACCCAACAUUGCUCCUAGAUGUGCAGUUAAGAUUGACAUCUCAAAAGCCUUUGACUCAGUUCAAUGGUCUUUUCUCCGAGGGAUUCUCACGGCUAUAAAGAUUCCAGAAAAGUUUGUUGAAUGGAUAAUGAAGUGUGUUGAAUUAGCCUCUUUCUCGGUUCAAGUUAAUGGGGAAUUGGCGGGUUAUUUUAACAGUACUGUAAUCUGUAUGCAAGCUCUAUCUAAACUCCUGGAUAAGGCAGCUGAAGAUAGGAUGAUUGGCUACCACCCUUACUGCCAAGAUCUGAAGCUCACGCAUUUGUGUUUCGCUGAUGAUCUACUGAUAUUUGCAGACGGAACUCAGCAAUCUCUUGAAGGUAUUAUGCAGGUUUUUAAACGCUUUGCAGAGAUCUCUGGUUUGUCUAUAAGUUUGGAGAAAUCUACUUUAUAUAUUGCGGGAGUCACUGAUGUCGAUCAAGCAGCGAUUCUGAAUCACAUUCCCCUUGCAUUUGGAUUAUUACCGGUACGCUACUUAGGCUUGCCUCUCAUGACCAAACGCAUGUCGUCUACUGAUAACUCUCCUCUGGUCGAGAGAAUUCAUAAAAGGAUCACCUCUUGGACAGCUAGACAACUAUCUUUUGCAGAUGGGUUGAACGGUAUCUGA